UGGUGCGUUCUAGCAAACUCCCGAGACCAGAGGCGACCGGAACUGUCUCAGUCGGUGUAUGAGGUGAGCCAUGUGGUCUCGGUUCAGUCUUCACCCACGAGCCUGACGGAACACUUCAAGAAUAUCACAUAGGGGUUAAUUUCUGAGCUGAGAAAAGAUGGAGCAGCAGCAGGAGGAGCAGGAGGUAGGCCUCUGCGCCAACUGCGGGUUCCUGGCCAAGCUACGUUGCGCCAGCUGCAGGCAAGCAUUUUACUGCAAAAAGGAGUGUCAGAAACAGCACUGGAAUAAUGGACACAAAGAAAAUUGCAAGCCCUAUAAGGUAUUAGAGUCCAAAGAAUUAGGACGCUACAUGGUUGCCUCUCGAGACCUGAAGGCCGGAGACGUCAUAUUUAAGGACGACGCUUUGAUAGCUGGACCGAAGACAAUUACAGAGCCGGUCUGCCUCGGGUGUUACAAGAGGGUGGAUGGAUCAUACAGAUGCCGAGUAUGUGAAUGGCCCAUGUGCGGUCCAGCCUGCGAGAAGCUGCCUGACCACCAACCAGAGUGCGUCGUCGGUCGUGAGAUCGGGUCCCCAAUCGACAUUCAGGACUUCGACGAGCCUAAUCACUUUUACGAACUAGUCUUUCCAUUGAGAUGUUUGGCCCUCAAGAAAAAGUCUCCGAAGAAAUACGAACAGCUGCUGGGACUGGAGAGUCACUACGAGGACCGCAAAGGGACUUACGUCUUCAAAGAAAACCAGCGAAGGGUAGUCCACAUGCUAAGAAAUUACUUCUUCCUCCAAGAGUUUUCUGCUGAGGAUGUAGACAGUUCCGAGAAGAGUAUUCACACCAUUACGGGCAUUAUAGACGUCAAUGCCCUGGAAAUAAGAUUAGCCGAGUCUGAAAUUCUAGGGCUGUACCCCGUUUUCGCCAUGUUGGAGCACUCCUGCACGCCAAAUACAAAACACACCUUCAAUGCUUCCCGGCAGGUCGCAGUCAGGGCAGCGGUUGACAUUAAGAGGGGAGAACAUCUCAGCACAAUGUACACACAUGUACUUUGGGGUACGAUAGCGAGACGGGAUCACUUGAAACACAGCAAGUACUUCAUGUGUACCUGCUUCAGAUGCGCCGAUCCCACGGAACUGGGAACUCACUUCUCUGCUUUGAGGUGCAAGAGCUGUGACCACGGAUUUGUGCUUUCUGCGGCGCCUCUGGACGAACUAGCAGACUGGAUAUGCACAUCGUGUAACGCAACAAUGACAGCGGAUGAAGUCAGAGACAUCAACUUGAAACUCGGAGAGGAAAUUGAAAGCAUAAUAGCGACGCCCACCGUGGAAAAGCUAGAGGAACUCGUGAAUCGCAUGGCCAAGACAACAGUGCAUCCGAAUCACUUCCAUCUGUUCGUUGCUCGACACACUCUCCUGCAGCUUUACGGCCGCGAUCCCAACAGCACCGGCGAAGACUCGAUGAAAAAGAAGGAAAAACUGUGCCAAGAUUUCCUGAAGGUCUGCACGGCUCUGGAUCCAGGGAUGGCGCGCCUGGCACCCUACGCGGGCGUGGCACUGUACGAAUAUCACCUGGCAGUGUUGUCACGAACUCGCCAGGAUCCGAGUGAGAAGCACGUGGAUCAAGCCGCCCUGAGGAAGGACGUCGAGACAGCAAAGGCAUUACUCCAGCAGUGCAUUCGAGUGUUGCAGGACGAGCCAAAGGAUCAGCCGGAGGGAGCGUUGUGCCAAGUUGCCCAGGAAAAUCUGAACGAGCUCCGCCAGUGGGAAGCAACGCUCUACUCGUGAUUGGAACAGGCGGUGAAAGCACACAGAGGAAAUAUUAGCACUGGUUGUGUAUUAUACCCUUCGAUAUAGACAUUAGUGUUUGGAACUGAUUGAGAAGAAUAAACGGUUUACUGUAAUUAUUUUUUGUAGAACAACCUACACUAGAAUGCUGUAGUAAGUAAAAGAGAGAGAAAGAGAAAGGGUGCCUAGUAAAGAUCUUGCAAUACACACACACACAUACACACACACACACACACACACACACACACACACACACACACACACACGUAUAUAUAUAUAUAUAUAUAUAUAUAUAUAUCAUAUGAUAAUAGAUUACUUGCCUGAUCUUCGCGGUUCAUGCAAAGGUUCAUCUAACACUGGAUAUUGAUUUAUAUCAAGAGGGAUAUAUUAAUUAUAUGAAAAGGAACUAAUCGGUUUGUGAGUGUAUGAGUGUGUGUGUGUGUGAGAGAGAGAGAGAGAGAGAGAGAGAGAGAGAGAGAGAAUCUGUCAUACUUGAUGCGUGUAAGUCUUAACUUUGAUGUAAGAAAAUGGAAAUAUUGUGUAAACCCCUCAAUAAUGAUUAUACAAAGAAGAAACUCUGUGGAAACAAUUAUUCAAAAUUACAGCGGACGUGCCUUAAUCCACAGUAGGCAUUUGAAACAAGGAGAGUAUCACUGUCUUAAGAAUUGUCCAGCUUAAAUAAGCUAUUUUCUAAAGCUCACUUGCUUAUGCAUUCGCUUGGUAUUCCAGCUAAGACUGAUCCUUAGUCCAGGUUAAAACUAGUUAAAUAGUUUAAUCGUGAAGUUGAACUAUCUCAAGCUCUAAAUCGCACUAAAUGAAAACUAGCUAACAAUAUGUAGUAAAAUAUCAAUAAUAGUCCUUAUUUUUACAAAACUUACAAACCACAUAUAUCAACAAAGCAACUGGAUUUCAAAGUGAUAGGUAUAUUAUAAAUAACACCAGAAAGGAAGGAAAAACGGAAUGUAAAUAGUAAACACUGAUUUUGUCCGCAACUUGUUCACCAUGAAUCUCAUACAACUGAUAACUUCAUUCGUGUUCUUUCAGAGAAUUCUAAUGUGUCCUCUAUUGUGAUUUUGUUCUCUUUCUUUCGCCUUGUUACUUUUGUUGUUGUUGAUAUUGUUGUUAGUGUUACUUUUUUGUAAGAUUUUCUAAUUAUUAGAUAAUGUGAAUACUGUGACCGCAUGCUUAAACAAGAUUUGCCGAGAAGUCCAAACCAUAUUUCUGGCGCAGAUUUCAUGCUCCACAUCUGAAUUGCUCUAUGAAGUUGCUAAGAAAAUAUGCGCAUCAUCUUAAUAUUUCCGAUAUGAAAGAUAUUAAUGUCUUAGCACAGAACUUCUAUACAUAGUUUAUAACUUCCUGCGAGCAAUCAUAUUGGUAAAAAUAUGUAAUAUGAAUGACACCACUACUAAAGGAAUUGAGCUGAAGUAGAUUUGCCCUAGAAAAUACUAUUGUUUCAUACUAGUUUAUUCCGAAAAAAACAGUAAGGUGUACUGAACAUUCUGCGCUUUAUUUGUACUUGAAUCUAGCGUGAGCCACCUGUCAACCUGUCACAUUUUGUUCCAAUAAUGUGGAAGUCCUAACUCCCUCAGAAAUCUGUCGGUUACGCAAACAUCUUUUUAUCAUGUUUUUUUCGUUUUUGAUGAAGGCCACAUUUUUGUUUAAGCAUAUGGUUAUGAAAAAAACAUAUCUUUUCGGGAUGGAUAUAACUGUAGCAAUGGAUAGAUUUAAGAUAAUGUUAAUAAUGAUGAAAUGACUUGAAAGGAUGAGUUAAUUAGGAGAAAGCUGUGAGAGUGGUAUUGCAAAUGUUGCUGGUGCAAUAAAAGAACGAAAGUUG